UGUGGUCUGUGUCGUGCCUGUGGUGAAUCGUCGGGCAUGAUUUUCGAUCGUGAACUGAGAGUUGCACCGCCAAGAGCAAGCCUUUCACCUUGUCGUCUGGUGCUGCAGCGAAAUGUCUCUGAUAUCAAGGUCUCAUCGGUGUGCUGUGGCAAUUACCACACAGUUGUUCUGGCAGCUGAUCGUAGUGUUUUUACUUUUGGCUCAAACUGUCACGGACAGCUGGGCAUUGGGCACGUAAGGAGCAGUACAGGUCCACACAAGGUUCAUCAUUUCCUUAUCAAUCAUUUAUCGGAGCACGAAUAUUUUUCAUAA